AUGACCGAGGUGUGUGUCAAGGUGGCGCUGCGUGUCCGGCCGCUGCUUCCCAAUGAACUCAUCCAGAACCACAAGGUAUGUGUGCGGAUAGUACCGGACAGCGCUCAGGUUAUGGUUGGCUCCGACCGAGUCUUCUCCUUCGACCACGCGUUCGGGCCCACGGCCACCCAGGAUGAGGUGUACAACUCCUGCGUCCAGCCCCUUGUCGAGACCCUGCUCCGGGGCGACAACGCCACUGUGUUCUGCUUCGGACAAACCGGCUCAGGGAAGACAUACACGUUUGGUGGAGGGAACCUGGGUGAGGAAGGAGGAAUCAUUGACCGUGUGGCCGAGAAUAUGUUCUCGUUGUUGUGGGAGAAGAAAAACAGUGAUGGAGUUGAGACAAAAGUGAGCGUCACAUAUUUGGAGCUAUACAUGGAGCAGCUGCAAGACCUGCUGGAGCCUCAUAACACUGACAAAGAGCUUUUUAUCAGGGAGAACGACAAGGGAAACACAGUGGUGGUGGGGGCCAAAGAAAUAGUUGUCACCUCAGCAGAGGAGCUUCUCUCCGUUGUAGAGGCGGGUAACGUUCUGCGCCACAUCAACACCACAGGGAUGAAUGAGCACUCCAGUCGCUCUCACACCAUCCUCACCCUUCUGGUCAUCCAAGCUUUCCCCCACAACAAUCCCUCCCUAAAGUCUUCCUGCUCCUCCAAACUCUGUCUGGUCGACCUGGCAGGCUCAGAACGUGCUAGAAAAACAGGCAACAAGGGCUCACAGCUCAAAGAGUCCGCUCAUAUCAACAGGGGCCUGCUCGCACUGGGAAACGUUAUCCGUGCCCUGGCUUACCGUUCUCGAAAUCGCAAUGGUAACAACGGCAACAGCACACACAUACCAUACCGCGAUGCCAAGAUCACCCGUCUCCUCCAGGAUUCGAUGGGAGGCACUGCCCAUACAGUGAUGGUGGCGUGUGUGAGCCCCUCUCACCACAGUGUAGCUGAGACUCUGGGUGUUUUGCAGUUUGCCGCCAAGGCUCGUCACAUCCGCAACUGUCCGACAGCCACAUCUACUCACACUGAUGUUAGAUGUGGGCCUACAAACUGGGACCCUGGCGAGGCUCGACGAGUGGAGCUGGAGUAUGAGGUUCAGACACUGAGAGAGCUGCUGAACGAGAAGGAGCAAGAGAUUGAGAUGCAGAGGACAGAUAGAAGAGUUGCUGAGGAGGAGGGCAUCAGAAAGUCUGGCCAGAUGAGGUUGUCUGAGCAAGAUCAGAAGUUGAACCCAUACCGCCUCCUAACACAAGAGGCUGCAGCUCUGCUCACAGACCUCUCCAGUCAGUCUCUGAGACAAUCGUUCAGGCAGCGGGUGCAGGAUUGGCAGGAGAGACUGGAAGUCGUCGCUAACGCUCAUCCUAUCAAUGAUGAGGUUAGAAAUUCAGAGGGUGAUGGAGACCAAGCCGACAAUGUUCGAAUAUUAAAACUCAGUCAAGAUCUCCAUGGAUGCCAGGGAGCUCUCAACAUAACGGAGCAGCUACUGGAGCAGAAAGAUGCAGAACUGAGACAUUUACAAAAAGAUGUUGAGAAACUUCUUCACAAGAGUAAAACCUGCAUGCAGGCCUUAGAGGAAGAAAAGGAACGUAAUCUGUUACAGACUGAACAACUGGUGGACCAGCAGAUUGUCAUCGAUCGCCUUCGCGGCAAGAAGCCCCAUUGUGUCCCUUUCAGGGUGAGUCACUCCAGGACCCAAGCCUAUUCCCUGGAGAGGGUGAUGGCCUCCUUUAAAAUUCGUGGACACCUUCUCCUAGCUGAGCUUGAGGGAAAGGAUGAGGUGGGCUGUCCAUUCAUUAAACAGGCAGAGAGCAAAGCCAGCGUUCAAGACACAGAGGAGGAAGAGGAGGAAGACGACUGUGUAGGCAAAAUGACAUUGAGGCGUUAUUUAAAUCGAACAUGGUCCCAUUCAAAGAUGAGCAGGAAUCCAUUAGUACAACAGUCUCAGCAAGUCCAAGGAACUGAGGGAGACCUUACCAAACAAAGCCAUGUGAGGAAGGGUGGACUGAGAGCGAGUGUAACUCAGAGAAGGAUCCAAGAUCUGUCAGUCACCAUGAUCAUGGGAUUGGAGCUCAUCAAAGAGCUGGACAUAACAGAUGAAGAGAUCCAAGCAGUGGAUAGAUGUGGCAGACAGAGUCAAGACGGCAGAGAAGCUGGCAUACUGGCAAAACUUUCAAUGCACAGCCAGCAGGUCCGAUCAGAGGUGUAUUGCAGCAUGCAACACAUGAGUCUGCAGAGAGAACAGAGUCAGACCAGCCUCAGGCAGCAGAGACAGAUGCCUGACAACAACCCAGAGCCUGGACCGAGUGGGACACUUCGCAGCAGUUGGUUGGAGCAGCAUGAGGAGCUGGUGCUUCAGGAGCAGGCAGAGCGGCAGGAGCUGCAGGAUGAGCUGAGGAGUAGAGAGGAGGUGGUCCAGCGCAGAGAGACCUGUCUGCAACAGAAACAACAUUUGGAGGUCAAGAAGCUGCGUACCAGCAGGGCUCUGAGUCAGGACCUGCUGCGUGUGUCUGUGCAGUUGGAAUCUGUGGAGGAGAACCUACGGAGCAGUAGCCAUACAAGGCUGACUAAAGGAGUCACAACAGAGGAACUGAAGAGGGAGAGAGAAAGGCUUCGAAUGAGGAAAGACACUCUGGAGGCACAGCUGACAGAAAACGGAGGACUUACUGUGACGGAGAACCAUUCCCUAUUCCAGCUGGAAGAAGCUAUUGAAGCUCUGGAUGCAGCUCUUGAGUUUAAAAACGACUUCAUACGGGACAUACAGAACAAACUGUCCAUCACCGACUCUUCAUCCUCUCAGUCACAAAACACUGAACCUGCUCAGCUCUGUGAUGUCAGCAGGAAGCUGAAACAGCUCUCGCCGCCUGAGGCUUUGGAUCUGCUGGUCAAAUAUUUCAACAAGGUUGUCAGUCUCCGUGAGACAGAGCGCCAUUUGCUAAUACGUUGUAAAGAGCUUGAGCUUGAUGCUGAUGAAAAAGAGUGGACAAUCGGGAAGAUGAAGACCACCAUGCAGUAUCUGGUACUGGAUGCAGACCGCAGGGUCCUACAGGUGCACAUAGAUCACCAGAAAAACAUCCAACUCCUCCUGCAGGAACUUCAAAAAACAACUAAACAGCAGACUCUCCAAGACCGAAUGCAGCUUGUGGAGAAGGAACUAUUUUACUACAAAAGCUCCUGUCGGCAGCUCAAAAAGAAGCUCAAAGAGCAUUUCAGUGGCUGCCAAAACCCUGACGUUCAGCCCUCACAAAAACCUGAGCACAACAUGCCUGAUGACAACCACAUACAAACACACAGAUAUGUGGCUAGUGAUUAUGAGGAAAGGUUUGAGAUGACACCAGUUCGUUUGAAUCGCAGGGACCUGAGACAGGUAUUUCCAGCUGACCUGCAGACAUCUGGUUCUGCCACAAGCGGCCGAGAGUCUUCUGUCUCAAAGGAAGUACUGGAGGAUUCCUUAGAAGUGGCCAGACCUUCAGAGAGCACUGCAACCUUCUGAUAAUCUUGUAUGUAGUCAUAAAACAGUAGCUCACCUUAUAGUUAUCACCAACACCUAUGACUGAACUGAUUACACUCCCUUU